GGAAGAGAGAGAGAGAGAGAGAGAGAGAGAGAGAGAGAGAGAAAGUGAGGGAAAAAAAAAAAAACAGAAGAAAAAGAGUUCAAUCGAUUUGAUUCGAUCGAUCGUUCGAUCGGGAGAGAGAGAGAGAGAGAGAGAGCGCGAUCGAUCGAAGAAGAGGAGGCGAUGCUUCCGACGGUGUCGAAAGGGCGAACGCCCUCUUCCUCUCUCCGACCCGCGCCGCCCUUGUUCCCCCAAUACCUCCGAAGAAUCAUCAAGUGGCAACAAAUGGACAUCGAGUAUACAUUCUGGCAAAUGCUUCAUCUUUGCACCUCGCCGAAAGUUGUCUAUCAGCACACAAAAUAUCAUAAACAAACAAAGAACCAAUGGGCUCGUGAUGAUCCUGCUUUUGUCGUCAUCUUCUGUCUUUUUCUUGUGUUUGCCACUUUAGCUUAUUGUGUUGCGUAUGGAGAUAGUGCAGCACAUACCGUUUUUACAAUUACAUCUGUUGUACUUGUCCAUUUCUUAUUAGCUGGAAUUGUUUUGGCCACAUGUUGUUGGUUUCUAACAAAUUCGUAUUUGCGUGAAGAGGUGCCUAACAGCCAUGUUGUCGAGCAACGUGUUGAAUGGCUAUAUGCUUUUGAUGUUCACUGCAACUCAUUCUUUCCAGCAUUCAUCUUACUUUACGUAAUUCACUACUUUUUGUCUCCUAUUUUGGUCGCACAUGGCUUCUUUCCCGUUCUGCUAUCAAAUUUGCUUUUCAUGGUCGCAAUCUCUUACUACCACUAUCUGAACUUCCUAGGAUAUGAUGUCCUUCCGUUCUUGGACAGAACUACUUUCUUCUUGUACCCGAUUGGGCUCGUUUUCAUCCUCUCCCCUCUUAUGAUACUCAUUGGGUUCAAUCCGACAAGACAUAUUCUGAGCUUGUACUUCAGUUAGCUCCAACUUUUUCUCCGGCCGAGGCAGGAAAAGUACUCUGGCGAACUUACUAAUGGCAGGUCAAUACACACACUUGGUGAGGAAAUGGUUUAUUUAGUAGAUCUCUGUUCUUUUGUGUUCUCCUUUUUGCAAAUCAAAAUCGACGCAACGUCAAGCAAAUUUGCAGCAUUAAUCUUUGUAACGUGCGAAGCGAUCAUUAAGCGAAGCCGACUUGAAGUUGAUCAUUGUAGGAAAAGGGGGAGGCUUGUCUUUCGUUUCUUUGUCGUCGUAUUCGGGUUUUACUUGUUAAUGUUUUCCUCUUUCUCGCGCAUUCGGUGUUUAAUGUAAAAAUUUACAUGGGUUACUUCGCAUUAUAGUGAUACAACUAGAUUUUGAUCUUUAAGAGGAUCAGCUAACUCACUGGCUUAAAUCUUA